UGGAAAGCGCACAGUUUAAGUUCUAGUGUUGCUACCUGAACACUGUUCAGUACGUUUCUAUAAACAGAUAUAUUGUAUAAGUGUCAAUAAAAUGGGCAGCAGUCAGUCAGCAUUAAAUUUUGGGGCUGGUCCCGCCAAGCUCCCGAGGGAGGUCUUAGAAGAAGUUCAGAAAGAGCUCUUAUCUUUCGGAGAAAGCGGCAUGAGUUUGAUGGAAAUGAGCCAUCGUUCUAAAGAAUACUCAAAAAUCAACAACGACGCGCAAAAAGCGGUUAGAGAAUUACUGCAUGUACCAGAUAAUUACAAAAUUCUUUUUAUACAAGGUGGAGGAACGGGUGCCUUUGCUGCAGUGGCUAUGAACCUUAUAAAUAGAACAGGUUCUGCAGAUUAUGCAGUAACGGGUACCUGGUCUGGUAAAGCUGCAAAAGAAGCAGCCAAGUAUGGAAAAGUUAACUUGGUAUUCCCUAAAGCCGAUAAGCCGGGAAGCAUUCCGGCAGAAUCUACUUGGACAUUGAAUCCCGACGCUGCGUAUUUGUAUUAUUGCGAUAAUGAAACGGUUGAUGGGGUUGAAUUUCCAUAUAUUCCUAACGCUAAUGGAAUUCCAAUUGUUAGUGAUAUGUCGUCCAGUAUUAUGACCAAACGUGUAGAUAUUACAAAGUUCGGUUGCAUCAUAGCCGGGGCACAAAAAAAUAUUGGUCCAGCCGGAGUUACCGUAGUUAUAAUCAGAGAAGAUCUUUUAGGAAAUCCAAUGAAGAUUUGCCCAUCUGUAUUUGACUUUACACACAUAAAUAAAGAAAAUUCCGUCCACAAUACCCCGGCAACAUUUUCGGUUUAUGUAAUGGAGAAAGUCUUACAAUGGAUUAAGAAAAACGGUGGUGUCGAGGCAAUGGAAGCCCAAUCUUCACAAAAAAAGACUCUCUUAUAUGAUGCUAUUCUUCAUUCCAAUAAUUUCUACAGUUGUCCUAUUGAUGAAGAUGUCAGAAGUAGAAUUAAUGUGCCUUUUAGAGUUGGUGGACCUCAGGGAAAUGAAGACUUAGAAACAAAAUUCUUACAAGAGGCCGAAAAGCUAAAAAUGUUCCAACUGAAAGGUCACAGAUCAGUUGGAGGAAUGAGGGCAUCCUUGUAUAAUGCAGUAACUAGUGAUGAUGUUAAUUUAUUAGUGAAAUUCAUGAAUGAAUUCAGAAAACAAUAUGGAUAAAAAAAUUCGGUUUAUAGAUUAUUUAAUUUUGUAUUUAUUUUAUUUGUACUUAUAAGUUAAAAAUUAAUAGACAUAAUAACAAUAAA